AUGGCAACCUCAGCACCACCCGAUCUGCGGGUUCUUCUCCACAAACUUAACGCUAUCAAGGAUCCUCAGCUUCUCCUUCAUGCGCUACCAUCUCUCAUCAAUCAUGUCCUACACUGCAAAGAGCCCUUGUCAACGCCUGUAGACGUCAAGGGCAAGAAUGGCGCUUCAGAAGCCGCCGCCAUCAUCCCUAAGCUUAAGCUGAAGAUCAACAGUCUCUUGAUUGGACGAACAACUCGUGAGUCUCGGUUCGUUGCCGUUGCUCUCAUCAAGACCAUGGUGGAUGUUGGUGGGUGGGAAGUUGUGCGAGAAUGCAAGGACUGGGCCAGCGGUCUUAUGGAUGUGGUCGAGAAAAAUGACCCAAUGGCUUCAAAGGAGUUGGCUAUUGUAACUCUUGCCCGCAUCUACAUCUUUGUUGAGCCGUAUCAAACUCUGUCUCGAGAGAUUGCUAAGCCAGGUAUCCCGAGAUUUGUCGAUGCCUGUCUCAAACUCAUCAGCGCACCCAAGUCUGGAGAGAAGCUUCAGACACCUUUGUCUGUUAUCGAGACUAUAUGCGACACCCUCUCAGCUCUGGUCCCGCUCUACCCAGCCACAGUUCGACCUUUCAGCGCCAAGUUCAAAAUCGCCGUCAAGCCAUAUCUCGCUCCUACGCAAUCAGACGAAAUUGUUGUUCCUCAUUCCCUGCAGCGAGCUUCGCGAAAACUCGUCAUCUCGCUUCACCAUGUCGCAGCCAAGUCAGGAGGCAGUGAUGAGUGGGCCAAGCUGAUUGACAUUCUCCUGAAUGACCUGCACUCUACUGCUGAUCAGGUUUUGAGAGCCGUCUCAGAAUCGUGGGAGGGGUCAAAUGGGUAUACUCGAUCGCAUGUUGGUGUUGAUGGCGCAGUAAGCGGGGGAGGCUCAUCUGCAAACGAGCUCCCCUCAUGGUCAGGUCUUGAGGCUGGUGCUGAACGUUUGAUUGGCCUUUUUGGCUAUCUUUCAGACUGUCUGAAAUACCCUACCAAGGCACCUGUCAUAAUACCUACCAGCGCACUCAUCGAUACUGCAUCUCGGCUACUGCUUAUCGCUAGACUUUCACCCAAGUCCCAAACAUGGGAGCAGGCACUUCAGACCAAUGCUGCUAUUUCAAGAGAUGAGAAGGACAACCUCUGGGCAGCACUACCGGAUAUUCACAUCUCUGCUCUGCACCUUAUCAAGGCCUUGUUUCAGCGUCUAGGACAAGAUGCAGUGGCCAUCGCUCCUGAGGCACUUGACCAUCUCGUCCGAGUGUUCAAGUCGGGUAUCAACCUUCCCACCGUCCGAACGACCGGUUACACCGUCCUCAAGGAGAUUUUGACCAUCUCAGGCCCAGCAUUGUCAAAGCCCUCUGUUAGCAGCCUGGACCCUGUCCUUGGUGCUUGCUGUCGUGACCUGCAGCAAGAUGCCGGAUAUCUCAAGGAUAUCGAGAAGCAAGCGGCCUCUGGCACUGACAGCAAGAAGAAUAGCAUUGCUGCCAAUGCUGAUCUCAUGCUCUUCCCUCAGGCUAACGCUGUUGCCGUAAACACGUCGCUAGAGCUGGAUCACAAGACCGCUGCUGCUAGUCUCCUGCCCAUCAUUCUAUCACACCUACCACAGAGACAUAUCAAGGCUGCCUUGCGAGGUCUCGUUGACCAGACAGCUAUUCUCACAAGCAACCGCGAUGCCAUGAUCGCAAGUGUUCUCAACCCCUACAAGGACCAGCGAGGUCGAGUGUAUCCCAGCAUCCUUCCUCACCUUAUUCAACAAUUCCCCAACGAUAAGAGUCUUGAAAUCCUGCGUACCAACAUCCGUGCAGGUGCUCAGAGUUUGGCCGAUGGUGAGGAGCCCCUAGAGGCGCUCCCUGUCGAGGAGGAAGAGGAAGAGGAAGAAGAUGAGGAGAUGAAGGAUGGCGAUGACGAGGAAGAAAUGGUCCCUGAGAAGGGCGACUUGUUCAACCCUGGAACGAUUCCCACAGCUCCACAUGCCGAGAAGAACCUGCCCAUUCAAAGUAACCCCUUUGCUCCCAUUGAAAAGGCCAAUGCUUCGGAGAACCGGAAUGCUUUUGCACGAGCAUCUUCACCGCCCAAGCGAAAGCACGAGGGCUCCGACUCUGCGCCUCCAAAGAGGCAAGUCUUGGAGAAGUCCUCGUCUCCUGAUCGAGUACACCCAGCACCCAUCCAAAGCGCUCCGGUUGUGGCUAAGGAAGUCGAAGAGGAGGAGAGUGAUGAUGACGAUGAUGAGAGUGUCCAUCUGAAUAUGGAACUAGAAGAUGACGAUGAUGAAGAGGAAUAG